GGACGCCUCGAGGGGUAAGCGGCUUUCAACCGUCCUUUGGUUUUUGAAGAGUAACGGCAGGGAGGGCGCGCGCCGCUUCAGCAAGCGAGGAUCUGCUUCAAGGGAGGCCAAGUUUCAGCAACUCUUCGACAACCCCCCACUCCUCAAGACAACAUGGCACGGGCAAAGACCAAGGAGGCCGAAGGAGACUGGAAGAAAUUCCUCUGGGAUUCUGAGAAAAAACAGUUUCUAGGCAGAACCGGUAGCAGUUGGUUCAAGAUAUUCUUGUUCUACUUGAUCUUUUAUGGGUGCCUUGCUGGGAUCUUCAUCGGAACAAUUCAAGUGUUGCUGCUCACUCUUAGUGAUUUCGAACCGAAAUAUCAGGACAGAGUUGCACCUCCAGGAUUAUCACAUACACCAUAUUCAGCAAAAACCGAAAUCUCCUUUAGUGUGUCAAACCCAAAGUCCUACGAAAGCUUUGUGACCAGUUUAAGGAAUUUCUUGGAGGCUUACAAUGACUCCAGUCAGCAAGACAACUCCAUUUUUAAGUCCUGUGGCGCAUCUCCAGCAGACUAUGUUGUUAGAGGCCCAUUAGAUGCAUCAGAUGGACAGAAGAAAGUAUGCCCAUUUUACCGCAAAUGGCUUAAGAAUUGUUCUGGACUGGAUGAUCCUAAUUAUGGCUAUGCAGAAGGCAAACCCUGCAUUAUAGCAAAGCUCAACAGAAUUAUUAACUUCUAUCCCAAGCCUCCAAAGAAUAACACUGAUCUUCCUGAAGAGGUGCAGGCAAAUUAUAAUCCAUUUGUUCUUCCAAUUCAUUGUACAGCAAAGAAAGAAGAAGAGAGAGAGAAAAUUGGAUCUGUGGAAUACUUUGGUAUGGCAGGAUACGCUGGCUUUCCUUUGCAGUACUACCCAUACUAUGGCAAGCGUCUGCAGCCAAAAUACCUCCAGCCCUUAGUUGCUAUUCAGUUCCACAACAUCUCGCACAAUAUGGAACUGCGCAUUGAGUGUAAAGUGUUCGGUGAAAAUAUUAAAUAUAGUGACAAGGACCGCUUUCGGGGACGUUUUGAAGUAAAAAUUGAGGUCAAGAGCUGAUAACUGCAAAAUAGAACUUGCCCCUUUAUUUCAAAUUUAGUCUUGAACAAACUGUCAUACAUAUGGGACCUACACUUAAUCUAUAUGCUUUACACUAGCUUUCUGCAUUUACUUAGGUAUGUAACAUAAAAGCAAUAGUAGUACAUAUUUAUUCUACUGUAAAUGAUACUACUUGAGCCAUGGGUAUGCCCAUUACUGUAAAUUAUAAUUCCACUAACUUGUAGCAGUCAUUGUUUCUGUCCCUUUAGAUAUUGCUGCCUUGUGCCUUGUGUGAGUUUGAGUGUACAGUACUGUAGUGCAUUCACUGGUCCUUCAAACCAUGUUGCAGUUUUAAAGCAAGCUUUGCUUUCCAAGUUGUAAAUACUCUGAAAAUUGCCAUGGUACUUGAUUUUACUUGUUAUGCCCAUGUGUAUGAACAUACCGCACUCUGAAUUGUGUAGGGGGAGGGAGGAGAAAUUGCAUUUUCUUUUGGCAAUGUUAAGCAUAGGGUGAUGGGUUUUAUUACACUUCCUUCUAAGUCUGUUUAAUCUUCAAUCUGUGUUGAGAUCUGGGUCUGGUUGUCAAGCUAUUGUGAUUAAAGUUGUUUGCUGGAGCCAUCACAUGGUGGUGUCUAUGAAUGUUUUAACCAUUUUCAUGGAAGAUUUUAUAUUUAUGCAGUUGUAAAAUUUUUCUGCAAAGUGUAAUGUAUAAAAGAUACCAAAGUCACUGGUAAAAUCAUAAUCUUUAUUUUAAACCAAUGCAGUAAGAUGGUGUUCAUGUUGUAAAAUGCAAAUGCAAUGUAACAUCUGUAAACUUGUUGGGAGAACAGUACUCCUCAUGAUUCAAAGCAACAAAAUAAAACUCAUGAACCUA